GCAACGUUGCUGCUGACUUUAUAAAGAUGUGCUCUCGAGUGCUGCACGGUUGACGCGCCACGAGAGCUGACGCUCAAACUGUUGUUGCGUCCUUUAUGUCGAUCUGAGCUGUAGUGCUCGAGCUCAGCUCAAUUAAGACGAUCUAUAACGCUUUUAUGUAACGUUAAUAUCAGUAAAGGGUGUUCCCUGAAAAUAUGUUAAUCAGACGCAUGAUCUGGUUCUGUUUCUGAAGGCUGUCUUCAUAAGCUGAGAGGUCAAUACAAUGAACUGAUAUUUGGAAGUUUAAUGCGAUUUAUAUCAUUUUAGAUGAUAAAAUACUUCCUUUCCACAUUUAAUAAACAGAGACAUCUGCAAUAUUAUUAAAACAGCAUGUAGAUCAUUCAUAAGUUAAAAUAUAAAUUUUUCAUUUCUCUUUGGAGUGUUACAAGCUCUUGGUAGUACAUGAAGAAGAUCUGUAAAGUUGCAAAGACUAAAGUCUCAAAUCCAAAGAUAUAAUCUUUAUCAAAGUUAAGACUCUGCCACGCCCCCCCCUAAAAUGGCUAAUUUAACCCCCCCUCCAUGUUCAUGACACUAUGUGGAAAUAUUUGCUAAUACAGCCCAAAUGUUCAUGCAAAGAAAGAAGAUGUGGUUUCAGUAAGUGCAGUUAGUGUUGAAACAGCCAUGACAUCCCUUUGCUGUGUGUAUCUAUGCAAAUACAAAAUCAUUUUAUUUGGUCUUCCGAAAGUAUAUAGAUGCAUUUAGGAAUCUUUAAGAUUACUUACAACAGAACUGCAACGCAUUUUAUGGACGACUGUUUUGUGAACCUAGGAGAGGAGGUAAUUCUGACUUUGCUACAAAAUUCUGGAACUUCUAAAUCAGCUAAUAUGGCAGGUGAGAGAAACCCUGCGUCAUGUUACCUGGAUGAAAGGACCUUUCAGCUUUGCUGUCAGCUCUUUCUCCAGCACUCUGAGACCAUCCAGGACGGCUGGAGCUGGGAGCAGAUCAAGGGCACUGAUGAAGGCUUCAUGAAGAAGACUGUUCUCAUGCCUGUAAAACCAAGCGUUUUGCACAAACAACAUGAGUAUUCCAUACAGGAUGAAAACAUGGUGACAGAUGAUAUCCAGGCAAACGUUGAGGAUGAAACGGCUGGAGUUCAGGCAGUAUGUGAAAUUCACGCUGUGCUGCGCUAUGAAUACCACGUUCUGUAUUCUUGCAGCUAUCAGAUCCCCGUCCUCUAUUUCAGAGCCUCCACGUUAGAUGGGCGACCCCUGUCUCUCGAGGAGGUGUGGAGCAAUGUUCAUCCGAACUAUAGACAGAGACUACAGCAGGGACCCUGGGACACACUGACCCAACAGGAACAUCCUUUACUGGGCCAGCCAUUUUUCAUGCUUCAUCCAUGUCGCACUGAGGAGUUUAUGAAACCUGCUCUGGAUUUGGCACAAGCUGAAAACAAUCUGACAUUUCUCUUCAUUACUCAUCCAAGUAGCGUGCUGUGCCAGGACACGGUUUAAAAGUUGAAUGGAAUCAAAUCCCUCUGAAAUCCUGACCGUCUGAUGUGAAGUCUGAAACGGAGGAGCUGAGUUUAGAGUUUGGAGUUUGAGAGAAGACGGUGAAAGUCCUCAGUCAGCAUGUCUAAAUGGGGCGAGCGGCUCCCAGGGGACUGUAUCAGUGUUGGUAAGGAGGUCAGCCUCCUACCCGAAGCAUCUCGCUCUAAUGGACAGACAGGAAUGAUGGCGAGCAGAGAGAGAAACACAUAGAUGGAGCACAGUAGGGAAAUGUUACCUGCUUCAUAAACAGGGUCAUUCUUAAAGGUUUAGGUCACCCAGAAAAUAAUUAAGGACAGUCAAGCUCAAUUAUAAAGUGUAAAUCUUUUCAAAUCAGUGAAAUUGAAAUUGAUGCGUCCAAUGGUGCAUGGUUUUAUUUGUGUCUUGAAUUCAUUUAUGUGUUUCUCACACAAAGCUACAAGUCACAUGCACAGCUUUUAUCCCAUCUAUCAAAAAUAUGUUCUAAGAAAAUGUUGGUAACGUUACUAUUAAGUUACCAACAACAAAAAAAAAACAUUCUCUGAAUGUUUCAUUUUUAUUUCUAGUAAUGCAAAUGUUACAGAAGCAUUAUAAGAACACUAUUUUUUUGAAUGUUCUCUGAACGUUUUGAAACCGUAAGUAGUAAUGUUUAAAAUGUCGACAACAUUUAAAUAAAAUUUUUGUGCUGGAAUUUUGAGAAUGUUCUUAAAGGCAGAACAACUGAAUGAACAUUCUAUAAACGUUAUGUAGCACUGAAAAAAUGUUAAAGUAACGCUACAUUUUAGGGGAAUGUUACUUUCGAAUGUUCUCUGAACGUUCUGAGACGGGUAUUAGGUAGGAACAUUUAUUAAAAGGCAAAUAUCCAACUAAAAUGGUUGUUCACACUGUUAAGAUAACAUUACCACAAUGUUAGUCAAAGUCCUGAUACUGUUCUUUUUUAGCUUGGAUGGUGCAUUUUGACAGGCCCAUGGUCACUGUGGGUUUCAAUUGUAAGAAAACUGUAAGCCAUCUUUAAACUAUCUUCUUUAGCAUUUCUUGAGAGUGAGAAGUAUGAGAGUAUGAUACAACAUGACGCUGAGUAAAGAUAACAUCUAAUUAAUUUAAUGGAAAAUUUCAUUUCUUCCAUAGAGAGCUCUUUGCCACACAAUGAAAUGAAUAGCGACUGUCAAGCUCCAAACAUGGCAAAAAAUAAAAUAAUAAUAAUUCAUAAAAGUGCACUAAAAUAAUCUGUAUGAAAUAUGAGAUGUAUUGGCGUGAGGGACAGAUGCAGUUAUUAUUCACUUAUCUUUCAGAUGUCAUUCAGGUUUGCCUUCAAUUCCAGUCAUUUUGCUGCUCAACAGUUUUACUGUAUGGAAAAUACAACAUUGUUUAUUCUCCACAGAGUGUUAAUGACUAGCUUAAUCCAGCUAGCAUGCUCCAAAACAGACAUGACGGUGAGUAAAUGAUGACAACAUUUUCAUUUUUGGGUGCACUCUUGUCACAUUUAGGAUGUGUGGCUGUGUGCAGAGCGUUUCAUUGACGUACGUAGCAUGUACUAAGUUUUAGACAGACCUCAAUAUUAUUAUUAUAUCUGGAGGAGUUGUUACAUUAGAGGAAAGGAAAUUAGAAUUGCCGUAGAAACAAAUACUCAUUUAUUUUACAUGCUUCACUGGAGGUGUUGCUUAAUGGAGUUUGAUCGCUCCUAAUGGAGUUGGGGAAUUAAAUUUGUGAAAUGCCACCGUGCGCGUGAACGAGCCGCUGCUGACAUCUGUUGGUCAACAUUAGCAAGUGUUGUUGUAGUUUAAACAUCUGUCCACUAGGAGCCGCCAUUGACCGAGGCGCAAAUGAUUCAACACUUGAUUGAAUUCGAUUACAAAAUAUAGUAGCAUUUAUUAUAAAGCAAUAUAGCCCAAGCUCACCUUUCAAGCACGUUUCUCAGUAAGUUGUCAGGUUUUUCAGUUAUUCUAGUAACAGUUAUUCUAGUUGGAUAUAAUGAUAUCUUAUACCAGUGUUGUUUACAGUUAUUACUAUUAAUCUAGUUAAAUUAGAUUGGAAGUUUUUCUAAUCUAAUAUUUAUAUUUUAUUUCGGAUUUAUUUCAAUUACCAGAAACAAUCUAAAUAGUCUUGAAACCGUUGUUAAUUAAUAUUACAAAACUGUCUGAUACAAUGAAACUUAAAAGUGUUUUUAAGUCUGACUGAUCAUUUUUCACGUUGCUGUACUAGUAGAAAUGCCUGGCUAUAUUCAGCUUCAUGUAAGCUACUUCAACUAAAUAGUAUAUUUGUCAGUAUUAUGUGUAAAAAUGCUCUUAUCCAAAUGGACUUACAUAGGCAUUUUUUGGACACAAGCAUAAUCUAAAAACCAUGUUAGGUAAGUACAGUGUUAUGUUAGUUUUAUUAUAUUAUUAUUGUUCCUUUA